AUGUCGGUUAAUCUAAGGGGUAUUGCUGGGGAGGCUAAAGCUAGUUGGGUGAAAAGCAUUAGGUUAGCUAACAAGAUCAGCGCUAUUGCCAUUCAAGAAACCAUGGUGUCUUCUGUUCAUAAUUCUGUUAUUUCGAGAUAUUGGGGAAAGGUAUUUUCUGUUGUUGAAACGGUGGUUGGAAGCGGCGAUCCGAUUAACCUUAUCAACGUAUAUGCACCACAGAAUACGUCGGCGAAACUCUCCCUUUGGGGAGACCUUUCAAAUGUCAUAGAUUCAUCGUUGGGCCAGUGUAUUGUAGUUGGGGAUUUUAAUGCGGUCCGCUCUAGUGAGGAAAGGAGACACUCAAAGUUCAAACCGGGUAGAAAGUACACUUGUAUUAGAGAAAAUGGUAAAAAGCUUAGCAAGCUUGAUCGCUUUCUGGUGUGUUCAGAUUUUUUUAACAAAUGGCCCGAUGCGUGUGUUAGGGCGCUUCCGAAUCGGUACUCUGACCAUUGUCCGAUCAUUCUAGAGUUGGUUAAUCUCAAUUUCGGACCUCGUCCUUUUAGAGUUUAUAAUUCUUGGAUCGGGAAGUCGAGAUUUGAGGAUACGGUUAAAGCGGCGGUGGAUGGUAUGCAAAUUUCUGACCCCCUAGAUUCCUUUCUUAUGUCUAAAUUUGAUCGUAUUAGGUCGUUUCUUAAAAUUUGGAGGGACGAGUUCAUGGCCAAAGAGAACGAGAGUGAAAAAAUUGCUCGUUUGGAGUUGGAAAAUCUAGAAGAAGAAAUGGAAUCGAGGGAUAAUGUUGGAAAACAUGAAUGA